AUGGCUUUUGGUCUGAGCUUGCCACAACCCUACGCCGAUGCCGAAUACUCGUACAUCAAAGGAACCGGAUACAACGCGACUCACUGGACCUUAACCGUACGGUGUAGAGGUUGCUCUCAAUGGCAUGACGUGGACGGUAAUCUGGUUUCCAUCGACGCGAAUGCAUCUGCGCAAAAGUUCGCCUAUGGCUUGUCGAGUAGACCACCUGCUGAACCGGCGAACAAUAGAUCUACCUUCAACGUGCACAAUUCCUUUGGAAAUUACCGAAUUGACCUCACACAAGGUCAGAAUGCGGACUUUGACGAGUUGGUUGCUGCGAACCUCAUCGAUGGUACCCCACCAGCAUCAAGCAGCACCCCAGCACCGAGCUCGGCGAUCAGCACAAUAUCGACUACGAUGAGCAUGGGUACGGUUACUUCGGGAUUACCGCAACCAACCCAGACAGGAAUACCUGUGUCGUGUCCUGAUGUUGCAGAACUUGCAUUCCCUGCCAACACAGCGAAAGGAUGGAGGGCGACGAAGGUCGCAGGAGGGCUGGUCCAGCCAAGAGGGCUCAUAUUCGAUAAAGCUGGGAAACUUCUUGUCGUACAGAAUGGUAUGGGUAUUACAGCUCACAAAGUUGCGCCAAACGGUUGCCUCACCUCGACCAAGACCGUCAUCGCUCAACGGAACCUCAAUCACGGCAUUGUGCUCAGCCACGAUGGGAAGACGCUGUUCGCUAGCUCUGCGACUUCGGUAUUCUCAUGGUCAUAUGAUGCAGCCACCAUGAGUGUAUCUGAGAACGCAACGACAGUCUUGACAGGCAUGGACAGUAGAGGGCAUGUCACCAGGACGCUAGCGAUCCCUCCAAAGUACCCAAACCUCCUCCUCGUAUCUCAUGGCUCGAAUGAUAACUUCGAUUACGGUUCUGCAGAUAUCGCAACCGGCCGUUCUUGCAUCAAAGUAUUUGAUACAACCGCUAUCCCAACAGAUGGCUACGACUACCCAAGCAGCGGCUACCAGAUGGGCUACGGGCUCCGCAAUGAAGUCGGUCUAGCAUUCGAUGCUGAUGGCAUGCUUUGGGGCGUCGAGAACUCUUCGGACGAGCUGCAUCGCACUAUUGACGGGGUAUCCGUGGAUAUCCAUACCGAUAACCCAGCUGAUGAGAUCAACUACCUUGGAGAUCCAUCCAAAGAGAACACAGACUGGUAUGGGUACCCAACCUGUUACACCGUUUUCAACCCGGAUUCGAUUGCAGACAAACCAUUCACAAUGGGCGAUCAGUUUGUUUUAGAACCCAACGCUACCUUCACAGACGAUACCUGUAAGACCCGCAGUAUACCACCGCGUCUUGCUCUUCCGGCGCACUCCGCACCCCUUGAUGCGAGCUUCAACAAGAACUUCACUAGCAUGUACAUUACCCUACAUGGAUCUUGGAACCGCAACCCUUCGAUUGGAUACAAGAUCAUUGAAGUGCCAUUUACCAAGGGCGCGAACGGCUUCGAACCAAAAGCAGCCGUGAAUAGUACGCAGGCUUGGGCUGAUAUAUUCUGGAAUCCGGAUGUGGAUUCUUGCUCGACUACGCAAUGUUUCAGGCCUGUGAGUAUUGUGCAGGAUGGCUAUGGUAGGAUGUAUGUGACUAGUGAUAGCGGGGCGGAGGGAGAGAUGAUUAUCAUUGGAAGAGAGUAG